AUGAAGCCCUUGUUUCGACGGAAGCCAAAGAUCCCGCCGGUAGAGCAGCCGCCGGCGGCGCCGAGCCAUAGCAGUGAGCUGGAUCCGUAUGUGUCAGCGAAGGGCGCUGCUGGCCGGCCGCGUGAUCCAUACGGCAGCGCGAGCGCGGAAACUCCUCAGCCAUCCGACGCCGAGCUGCUCGCCGAGUAUGGCUCGGGUUCGGCCCCGCCCGUAUCGCGUCUUCCGCCGCCGACAUCGGUGUACCGCGAUCCAUACACGACACAGGGAGCAGGCUCUGAGUUUGACCCUGAUGAAGAGGCGAUUCAGGACAUCAAGUACCAGCUACGGAGUACGAAGCAAGAGAGUCUGAGCAGCUCACGGAAUGCGGUGCGUCUCGCGCGCGAGGCAGAGGAAACGGCCACCAACACCAUGGUCAGGCUGGGUGAGCAGAGCGACACGAUCGGAGAUACAGAGCGCAGUCUCGACGUGGCGAAGGCUCAUGCCUCACGUGCCGAAGACAAUGCUCGUUUGAUUGCUCAGCUCAACCAAUCCAUCUUCCGUCCUAAGUUUACGCGCAACAAGAAGGCGAAGCGCGACGCCGAAGAGUACCGCGCUGUGCAGCGCCAUAUCGAUGAGCGCCAGGAGCGCGAGUUGACACGUGCCGAAAUGCUCUCAUCCCAGCGCCGCGUCGAAGAAAGCGUAUCCAAUACCGGCAUGUUUAGCAAGAUGCGUAGUAAGUUUGGCGGCGGUCCUGCAGGUGAACUCGUCGAUCCCCAGGAGCAGCGCAGGCGAUACCAAUUCGAGGCAACGGCGAGCGACGAUGAGAUGGAAGAUGAGAUCGACGGCAACCUCGACGAAAUCGCAGCUCUGAGUGCGCGCAUGAAUGUCCUUGGACGUGCCAUGGGUCAGGAGGUCGACGAGCAAAACAGACGUCUGCAUCGCGUGAGCGACAAAACUACGGCUCUGGACACGCGGAUUUACGCUGGCACCAAGCGUCUCGAAAAUCUCAAAUAA